AUGUUCCUCCGUGCAGCUCUCCCCCGACUGUCUGCGUUGAUCAGUCGUCAACCUUUACGGUGCAGCACCGCCAGGCGCAUGUACUCUGCCUCUCAAUCAGGCGACGCAGACAUUGACGCCAUGCUUGCGAAGCCUACGUGGUCUGUUCGCUCGUUGCUACCAGAAGAAUCCGCCAAACCAUCUGCUCCGUCAGUGACUCCAGCGCAACUCCGCCAUCUGCUCCGUCUCUCGGCUCUCCCACAACCCGCGAACGAGGAAGAAGAGAAGAAGAUGCUUGAAACGCUCGAAUCCCAGAUUCACUUUGUGAAGCAGGUCCAGCGCAUCGAUGCCACUGGCGUGGAGCCUCUGCAGAGCAUCCGGGACGAAAGUCCGGAAGCGGUGCAGGAGAAUACCAUUGGACUGGAAAAGCUGAGAGAGGCCAUGUCCAAGGAGAGAGUGGUUGGUCGAAACAAGAGAAUCCAGCGAGUGGAGAGUCCGAGGAACGAGCGGCCCGAUGGGGAUACUUGGGAUGGAAACGCGCUUGCCUACGCGUCCAAGACCAAGGGGAAGUUCUUCAUUGUCGAUACGGGAAAGUCAGCGUGA